AUGAGCGGCACAGACGUUGAGGAGUUGCGCCAGGUAACACUUGGCAAGAAGCUAGGUGCCGGCAGUUUUGGUUCGGUCUACGCCGGCAUCCUCCCCAGUGGUCGGUUUGUCGCAGUGAAGGAGUUGGAGCUCGCGGAAGAUGCCCCCACCAACACUGAGGUGGAGAUUCAUAAGAAGCUGGCACAUGAAAACAUCAUUCGAUACCUUCACAGCCGCGUCGACGCCGAAAGCUCACCGAAGCGAUUGUUUGUCUAUCUCGAGUUUGUCACGGGGGGUUCGGUGACGUCACUUAUGAAGACGCUUCCAAAGGGACGUUUGCCAAACCCGGUGGUGCGCGUGUACGCUCGCCACAUGUUUUCUGGUUUGGAGUACUUGCACAAGAACCAGGUGGCGCACCGUGACAUCAAGGGGGAUAAUCUUCUUAUUUCUAUGGAUACAGGUAUAGCAAAACUGGCGGAUUUUGACCAGGCAAAAAUUAUGACGACGCAUGGAACUCUGCGCAAGGCGGCAACUGCGACGCUUGCGGGGACACCUUACUGGAUGGCGCCGGAGGUUAUUACCGACGAAAGCGGAUACGAUCCAUUUAAGGCGGACAUCUGGUCCGCUGGCUGCACUGUGGCUGAGAUGAUAACGGGCCGCCCCCCGUGGACGCCAAUGGCUAACGUGAUGCACAUUAUGAACAAACUCGCAAUGUCAUCCGGGUGGCCCGACGCGGUUCCAAAGGAUCCCGAAGCGUUGGGCUCCAAGCACGCCUAUGACUUCCUAGAUCUCUGCUUCCAACGCGAUGUUUCCGAGCGACCUGAUGCCACAACACUACUGAAUCAUCCUUUUCUACAAAUCUAG